GCGCUCUCACUCCACAAACGCGAUAUCCCGGCCGUGGUAAAGCUAGAUACCCAAGGUUACCGAGCGUCAGACGCUAUAUCAAAAGACCGCGAGAGGAUUAAAAAAGACAAAAUAGUAAAUCAGAAUAUUGAUAAUGCAGGAAACAUGUAUCUAUGCAAUGUCAGCCUCGGCAAUCCAGCGCAACAUCUUCGCUUGAUUCUCGACACUGGAAGUAGUGACUUAUUCUGCAAUUCGGCUUCCUCCGACCUAUGCUCAUCUGAUUCUUCCCUAUAUUGUGAGCUGGGAACAUACAACGCCAGCUCCUCCUCGUCCUAUAAACAUGUCAAUUCCAAUUUUGGUAUCUCUUAUUAUGACGGAUCGUCUGCAAGUGGUGAUUAUGUUAGAGAUAUCCUUACGAUUGGAGGGGCCACAGUACCAAACUUUGAGUUUGCAGUGGCUGAAUCCUCGUCGAGCCCAGGUGUCAUAGGUCUAGGAUAUGCUAAAAAUGAAGCCCUCAUUAAUAUGGGGGGUUCAGGAUAUGCAAACCUACCUCAAGCCAUGGUUGAGAGUGGACUUAUAAACUCCAAAGCAUACAGUCUUUGGCUCGAUGAUAGAGACACUAACACCGGGUCAAUACUUUUUGGUGGCGUCGAUACAAGAAAGUACAGUGGCAAAUUGCAGACUCUGCCGCUCGUACCAAUACAUGGUGAAUAUUCCCAAUUCUUGGUCAAUUUGACAGAUCUGGCUCUCGAUGUAGAUGGAAGCAGAGAAGAGACAUUUCAGUCUGAGCAACUUCCAACACUUGCAGUACUGGAUUCAGGUACAAGCUCAAUAUUUCUACCAGAUUCUAUCGUGUCUAGCAUUUACAAAGGCCUAAACGUCACCUACAAGUCUGACCACGGAGUCGGUUAUAUCCCUUGCAAUAUGGCAAAUAAGGAUAUCGCAUUGAAAUUCAGAUUUGGCACAGCAUCUAUAUCUGUGAAUAUUAAAGAAUUAUUUCUCAAGCAGCGAGACACCACGAAGCUAGACGAUAACAGUGACCCAUGUAUAAUGGGGAUUCAUCCCACUGGGUCAGGUACUGUGAUACUAGGAGAUUCUUUCCUUCGCAGUGCCUAUGUGGUCUACGAUCUCGACAACAAUGAGAUAUCGCUAGCUAAAACAGUCUUCAAUUUUAGUGGCAAUGGCACCAUUUUGGAAAUU